AUGUGUUCCAGAAGUUAUGUGGUAAUAUUGCUUCUGUCGCAAACAUUAGCUUUAAUACAGGCACAGAAUGAAGAGACAACCUCUGCCCCAUUGACCUGUGCUAGUAUGUUGUGUGCACCUAGCACAUACUGUCGAACAGUUAUGUCCUGCUCCACCUGUCAACCUGAGUCCAGAUGUGUACCGGCCGAUAACAUCAAUGAAGACACGGAUACUUUGUGCAAGAAUGGGAACUAUUCUGAGGUCAUCUUGCUGGAGAAUCCGAACAACUCCUCAUCUUAUAGCCAGCUGCAGUGUGGAGUUGAUGCUGGCACCCAGAAAUGUCCUUUAGGAUCAGACUGUAUUCAGGAUCAGUCAGAAAUUGGAUCCUGUUGUCGAGGACAGAUCGAAAUGCCGCCACAGACAGAAAAAUCUGGUGUUUGUCCAUCG